AUGAGCGCUGCCGAAGUCGCGGUCCUUGAGGGCGAAGUAAAGGAAUAUAAACUGCAACUGGAGACAGUCCAGCUGAGUCUGCAAAGUGACCCGGACAACAGCGAGUUGCAGAGUCUCAAACAAGAACUUGAAGAAGUCAUAUCCCUCACCGAAUCAGCCAUUGCAGAGCUAAAGCCUCCAUCAGCACCCGCUCCGCCUGCGCAAACUGCCACCCCGCCAGGGAAGGAAAAAUGGUCCAAAGAGAAUCAUCCUGCGUACCAGGCCGGUUAUCGGAAGCCUGAGGUCGAGACGGAAGAAACGAGCAACCCCACAGCCUUUUCGGUCAACGACACGGUCUCGGCUAGAUGGAAGUCCGGGGAUGGAGGAUUCUAUCCAGCGCGCAUCACCUCCAUCACAGGUUCCUCUAGUGACCCGGUCUACAUCGUAACAUUCAAGAACUACGGCAAUACAGAAACACUCAAAGCCAAGGACAUCAAGCCGCUGACCAAUGAAGCCAGGAAGCGCAAGGCUGAUGGAAUGUCAGGAUCAUCCACACCAGUGCCUCCGCCCUCGAAUCCGAAUGUCAUCUCGGCCGCAGCCAGCGUCGACCCUGCUCUAGCGCAGCAAGCCCGCCGUGAACCAAGCAAAGUCAGCGACGGGCCCAUUCGACCAGCGAAGAUACCUCGCAAAGUCAAGGCCAACAAGGAACUCGAGGCGGGCAAAUCGAAAUGGCAAGAUUUUGCGGCCAAGAGCAAGGCUGGAAAAACAACCAAGAAGGAAAGCAUGUUCCGCACGGGCGAAAGUGUUAACGCUAGGGUUGGCUUCACCGGCAGCGGUCACGAGAUGCGCAAAGAUCCUGCAAGAACGCGACACAUCUACCAGCAGGGUGGUCAAGAAGACUGA